CUCGGGGAAUAGGCGACCACAUAGUACGGUCGGAAAUUGUUUCUCACUUUGUCUUCUCCAGGGCUGGCCCGAAGGUAGCGACAUAAGAUAGCUAUACUCGUCGCAAGGGUAGUGAACCUCGGACGGGUGAGAGAAGUUCACGCGUUUCGGCCACCAAGCGCGUAGACAUGGAGUCUGCCACAGAACUGCUCUUUAGUAAAGGAAUUCCUGUCAGGUUGAAAUUAGCGACAGGAAAGGCCCUUCAAACUCCCAGCACAACCUUGGGUGGCCAAAGUGGCCUCAAGUCAACCUAUGCAACAGAACAAUAUCAGGAGAAAAGGCACCCGAGCAUAACUGUCCAAGUCGCUCUUACCUCCAAAAACUCUGGACGCCUCAAAGUGCUAGAGAUACAGCUAACGGACGAAAAUGACCCGUUUUUUCUCUAUCACCUGGAUGUCGGCGAAGACGACUUCCAUGCCCUUAAAGAAGAGCAAAAUCUGUUGGUCGACUUCCAACAGUUUCCUGUCAAAUUUAUAGAGCUUCUGGAAGCCGUGGACGGCGCAAGACGAGAAGAACAGCCAAAAUUCAUCGCGCAGCUUACGUCUGAUGGCUCUGCCAAAUACGCUGUUUUCAACGUGGUUGAAACCAACACCUUCCGAAAUAUCACCCAUAUAUCAUUACAUUUCAUUCCGGGAAACGAUGCUUCGGUGAAGCAGUACUUAGCCCAACUAGUGAAAGAGUACAAGUCGGAAAAUGCUUCACUGAAGAACCAGCUGGAUUCGACGGGGUCUAGCCUUACAAUUCGUUUAAAAGAGUGUGAAGGCUUAAAUGCGAAGCUCACAUGCGAGCUAGAGAAUAUCAAAUUGUCCAAUGCGGAGCAAAUGAACCGUCUGCAACUCCAACAUGCAGAAACAUUAGCGCGAGAAAAGGAGACCUCUAGUCGACAGCGUGAAGAGGAGCGUAUUGCUGCAGAAAAGGACAAGCGAAAUAUCGAAAUUCAGUACGAAGAGCAGCUGAAGAAGCUAUCCCAAGAAUUAGCUUCUUUAAAAGCCGCUCAUUCCCACAUGCUUUCCCACGCCCAGAGCAUGGAAACCUCGACGUCCAAUGCUAAUAAGCUGAUUGAAAAUCUGCGGCAAGACUUGACCAUAACGAAACAAGAUCUAGACAAAGAGAUCAAAUUAAACGAGCAACUCGCACAUUCAAAAAGAGACUUGGAAGCCGAAUGUUCAUCUUUAAGAAAUAAACUUCGGGACAUUGAGCGUGAUGGGAGAGACAAGCUUGCAGAGGAAAAAAGACUUGAGGAGUUGCUUCAUAUGGCCAAUGAACAGAAGGCAAAGGCCGAUGAUACGUUGGAGAUGUACAAAGGGCAAAAUGCACGUCUGGAAGAAGCACUGAAACAAGCCACGGAAGAAAUAAAUAAAGGCAAUGAAAUAAUCCGACGUCUCCAGACGGACCUAAAGUCAUCAAAAGCGAAACUGAAGUUGAAGAACGUGGUGACAAUGCAGCAAGAGAAGCUACUGGAUGAACGAGCGGCGACGGUUCAAGGGCAGCAAAAAGAGUUGACAGAUGCCAAGGAUACCCUGUCAAAAGUACGGGAGGAGCUCCAUGCAGCACAAGGUCGUAUAGAAGAGUUGACGAAGCAAGUCCAGGAGGGCAAAGCGAUUAUCGAAGAUAAUAACCAUGUCAUCGAAUGGCUUCACAAGCAAAUGAACGAGGAUGCUCUGACUCGACCCUUGCCAACGUACACAGGGUCUGCCCCUACUUUGGGAGGUUACGGGUUGGACAGACAUGCAGCAGGAACUGGCGCUGCCCAGAAUGCUACUUAUAAGUCGCAUUCACCAACGGGCUACCGAAGUCGGUAUGUCUCUGGAGUAGACGGACAAAGUUCUACUGGUGGUCCCGCAGGUGGUCUUGCAUCGACGAAUCGAAGCAUACCACGUCCAAUAUUUCCACACGGUGCAGCUACUGAAGGAACGGAUGGAGUUGGACCUGGCAAAUCGACCGCGUUAUCAUCGCGCGUACCAUCACCUCCCAAAACGGCAGUCAGUUCAAUGCCACGGUUCGGCGGGGGCGGCCUUGGCAGUUCCAUGGGUGGUCUUGUGAGUGGAGUAGGGGGAGCAGAAAGAUAUGUAAGCAAAGGUGCUGGCGCAGGUCUAGCAACUGGGCCUAAAUCGAAUUAUUUUGGAAAUUAAAGCGGAAUGGGAUGAGCUAUAUAAGCGCAGAAACUCUUGCUAGUCUAUGCUCUUAGAACUUUGAGUGACCAUACUCCACAUUUGCAGCUCGGAGACAUGAUGCGGCUUGUAGGGGAAGGAUAUGUGAACUCAAACGUGUCAACCUUUUGAAUUAGACACGAUACAUCUUGUAGGCAUGUUCAAUGUACAUGUCCUUGGAAGCAUACAUUCCACUGCGAGAUGUGCAACCAAUGUGGUUGAAAAAGAUGUGUACAUGCCAGCCGAUUUGAUAGCAUCGCUGCUAAUCAUCCUACCUAUAAUUUAUGCUGGAUGGGUUCUCCAUCACACGGGCUUGUGGAUGACGUAGAAGACAUAUAGUGCAAAGUGCACCAUGCACACCUUAACAAUAC